AUGGUGUAUCCCCAGGAGUUGCCUCUAGAAGGUGUAGAGUUCCGUGCUCUCAUCAGUGGUGCACAUACUAUCACAUCCGACUUCAUAUAUUUUCGGCAAGGAGACUAUUUUGGUGCAGCUUGUUACGAGAAGCUGACAGUCCACUCAGAGAUUGAGCGAGGGGCACGCAUGAAAAGUGUUGGUGUAAUUGUGGCCAACUAUGACACCCUCCACCACCACCUAGAAUACCUAGCACAGCAAGUAAGGUUAGUAUAUUGUUCAGAGUUGCUAUAUUCUUAUUAUAUUCUUAUGUUUGCUUGGUCUGCCAUUUAG